UAGGUGAUGCGUCAUCGGGCUGCGCCGCUUUCCUCCCGCCCCUCUCUCGGAGUGAGGCGAGAGCCCCGCACUGAGCGAGCGAGACAGCGAGCUGAGCUCCGCGCGCUAUCGCCGCCGCCGCCGAGAGCGUGAGAGCGAAGGAGCAUCCAAGAGACCCAGCCCCCGUGCACUGGCCGCCGCCGAGACCUCCGUCCUACCCUGGGCCAGCGGGAAGACGGGACCACCCCUCCUUUCCCCCCCUCACCUUCCCGGCCGGCAGCGGCGGCUGCACACACCGGAGCCAGAGCGCGAGCCCAAGCCGGGGCGGCUGGGGGCAGGGAGGCGGCCACCUCCGGCCGGGACUGGUCAGCCGCUCCGCGGUGAGAGGACGCUUAGGACGGGCCGCAGCUUGUGUCUCGUUCCGGGGCGCGGGGCAAGGGGCCCCCAGCUGCAGGGAGGGGGUCUCAGCCGCAGCCACACAUGCGGGAGCCGGGAGCGGGGGCGGCGCCGAGCGGAGCCGGCCGGGUCCCCGACCUUGCCGUUGCUUCGGCCGCCCUCCCGAGGCCGUAGCAUCCUGCCCCGGAGUGUAUGAACCGGGGCCCCAAGCUCAACAACUAUCCCCCGGCCGGGGGGGCGGGGACCCCGAUGUGAGGCGGCAGACCGGGCGGCGGGGAGAGCAGGACCGGCGCCGCCGUUCUUUCCUUACCUUCCCCUCCCCUCACCCCCUCGGGGGUCUCCUCCCUCGGCCAGUCGCCGGCCCCCCGGCUCCUCGGCAGGACUCCGGGAGGAGUUCUUAGAGCCCCCUCCCCCGCCCCAGCCCCGAGGGCGGCGGGGCCGGGGGGGACCCGGGGGGCCGGCUGCAGCCUCCGCCCACAGAAAACUUUGUAAGACCAAAACCCGAAGGCUCCCAAACGUGACUGUCCCGAGAGAAGUGGCCCAGGACGGGCAGAAGACAGCCUGAAGAGACCCAGGAAGAGGAAAAGAGGAGGUAAGCGGGGCCGCCGCCGCCUCCUCUGCUCCGGCAGCGCGGAAGGGACCCGGGUGGCCGCCUGGUUGAGCUGCACGAGCACGGCGUCUUCCUCAGUACCGCGCCGGAGCCUUCCGCAGCGGCCGCCUCAGCCUGAAGGAGGAAGGGAACCAACCCACUUUCUCUGCGCCACGAUUCUUCUCUAAAGUUCUUGUUUGGGAGAUUUUCAUUGCAUUCAGUACUUACUGGUAGUCUCAACCAUCAAGGAAAUUUUUAAAAGGCUAUCUAAAUAUUUGAAUGUGAAAACCUUUGCAUCUUCUGAUAGUCUAGCCAAGGUCCAAGAAGUAGCAAGCUGGCUUUUGGAAAUGAAUCAGGAACUGCUCUCUGUGGGCAGCAAAAGACGACGAACUGGAGGGUCUCUGAGAGGUAACCCUUCCUCAAGCCAGGCAGAUGAGGAGCAGAUGAAUCGUGUGGUAGAGGAGGAACAGCAGCAGCAGCCGUUAGGACAACAAGAGGAGGAGCACACUGCGCGGAAUGGUGAAGUCGUCGGAGCAGAACCUAGGCCUGGAGACCAACAUGAUUCGCAGCAAGGACAAUUGGAAGAAAACAAUAAUCGAUUUAUUUCAGUAGAUGAGGACUCCUUGGGAAACCAAGAAGAACAAGAGGAAGAUGAAGAACAUGCCGGUGAACAAGAUGAGGAGGAUGAAGAGGAAGAGGAAAUGGACCAGGAGAGUGAUGAUUUUGAUCAGUCUGAUGACAGUAGCAGGGAAGAUGAACAUACACAUAGUAACAGUGUCACAAACCCCAGUAGUAUUGUGGACCUGCCUAUUCACCAACUCUCCUCGUCAUUCUAUACAAAGACAACAAAAAUGAAAAGAAAGUUGGACCAUGGUUCUGAGGUCCGCUCUUUUUCUUUGGGAAAGAAACCAUGCAAAGUCUCAGAAUAUACAAGUACCACUGGGCUUGUACCAUGUUCAGCAACACCAACUUUUGGAGACCUGAGAGCAGCCAAUGGCCAAGGUCAACAACGACGCCGAAUUACAUCUGUCCAACCACCUUCAGGCCUCCAGGAAUGGCUGAAAAUGUUUCAGAGCUGGAGUGGACCAGAGAAAUUGCUUGCUUUAGAUGAACUUAUUGAUAGUUGUGAACCAACCCAAGUAAAACAUAUGAUGCAAGUGAUAGAACCCCAGUUUCAACGAGACUUCAUUUCCUUGCUCCCUAAAGAGCUGGCACUUUAUGUGCUUUCAUUCCUGGAACCCAAAGACCUGCUACAAGCAGCUCAGACAUGUCGCUACUGGAGAAUUUUGGCUGAAGACAACCUUCUCUGGAGAGAGAAAUGCAAAGAAGAGGGUAUUGAUGAACCAUUGCACAUCAAGAGAAGAAAAGUAAUAAAACCAGGUUUCAUACACAGUCCAUGGAAAAGUGCAUACAUCAGACAGCACAGAAUUGAUACUAACUGGAGGCGAGGAGAACUCAAAUCUCCGAAGGUGCUAAAAGGACAUGAUGAUCAUGUGAUCACAUGCUUACAGUUUUGUGGUAACCGCAUAGUUAGUGGUUCUGAUGACAACACUUUAAAAGUUUGGUCAGCAGUCACAGGCAAAUGUUUGAGGACAUUAGUGGGACACACAGGUGGAGUAUGGUCAUCACAGAUGAGAGACAAUAUCAUCAUUAGUGGGUCUACGGAUCGGACUCUCAAAGUGUGGAACGCAGAGACGGGAGAAUGUAUACACACUUUAUACGGGCACACUUCCACUGUUCGUUGUAUGCAUCUUCAUGAAAAAAGAGUUGUGAGCGGUUCUCGAGAUGCCACUCUUAGGGUUUGGGAUAUUGAGACAGGCCAAUGUUUACAUGUUUUGAUGGGUCAUGUAGCAGCGGUCCGCUGUGUUCAGUACGAUGGAAGGAGGGUUGUUAGUGGAGCAUAUGAUUUUAUGGUGAAAGUAUGGGAUCCAGAGACUGAGACCUGUCUACACACGUUGCAGGGACAUACUAAUAGAGUCUAUUCACUACAGUUUGAUGGCGUCCAUGUGGUGAGUGGAUCUCUUGAUACAUCAAUCCGAGUUUGGGAUGUGGAGACAGGGAAUUGCAUUCACACGUUAACAGGACACCAGUCGUUAACAAGUGGAAUGGAGCUUAAAGACAACAUUCUUGUCUCUGGGAAUGCAGAUUCUACAGUUAAAAUCUGGGAUAUAAAAACAGGACAGUGUUUACAAACAUUGCAAGGUCCUAACAAGCAUCAGAGUGCUGUGACCUGUUUACAGUUCAACAAGAACUUUGUAAUUACCAGCUCAGAUGAUGGAACUGUAAAACUAUGGGACUUGAAAACGGGUGAAUUUAUUCGAAACCUAGUCACAUUGGAGAGUGGGGGGAGCGGGGGAGUUGUGUGGCGGAUCAGAGCCUCAAACACAAAGCUGGUGUGUGCAGUUGGGAGUCGGAAUGGGACUGAAGAAACCAAGCUGCUGGUGCUGGACUUUGAUGUGGACAUGAAGUAAAGAGCAGAAAAGAUGAAUUUGUCCAAAUGUGUAGACGAUAUAUUCCCUGUCCUUCCCCUUGCAAAAAACAAAAACAAAAAAAAAAAGAAAAAAAGAAAAAAAAAAAGAAAGGAAAGGAAAAAAAAGAAAAAGAAAAAAAUUCCCUUGUUCUCAGUGGUGCAGGAAGUUGGCUUGGGGCAACAGAGUGAAAAGAUCUACAGACUGAGGGAAAGAGGAAGACGUGACAAACCAUAACUGACACGAGAGGCGUCUGCUGUCUCGUCACAUAAAAGGCUUCACUUCUGACUGAGGGCAGCUUUGCAAAAGGAGACUUUCUAAAUCAAACCAGGUGCAAUUAUUUCUUUAUUUUCUUCUCCAGUGGUCACUGGGCAGUGUUCAUGCUGAAGCAUCGUUACAGAUUCUGCUUGCCUGUUCUUUUACCACUGAGACCAUGGAAAGGAUCUGCAAUAACAUCGAAACAAGUACUGGUUGACUUUCUGAUUAGAGAGCAUCUGCAACAAAAAGUCAUUUUUCUGGAGUGGAAAAGCUAAAAAAAAAAAUUACUGUGAAUUGUUUUUGUACAGUUACCAUGAAAAGCUUUUUUUUUCUUUUUUUUUUUUUUUUUGCCAACCAUUGCCAAUGUCAAUCAAUCACAGUAUUAGCCUCUGUUAAUCUAUUUACUGUCGCUUCCACAUACACUCUUCAAUGCCUAUGUUGCUCAAAGGUGGCGAGUUGUCCUGGGUUCUGUGAGUCCUGAGAUGGAUUUAAUUCUUGAUGCUGGUGCUAGAAGUAGGUCUUCAAAUAUGGGAUUGUUGUCCCACCCCUGUACUGUACUCCCAGUGGCCAAACUUAUUUAUGCUGCUAAAUGAAAGAAAGAAAAAAGCAAAUUAUUUUUUUUUAUUUUUUUUCUGCUGUGACGUUUUAGUCCCAGACUGAAUUCCAAAUUUGCUCUAGUUUGGUUACGGAAAAAAAGACUUUUUGCCACUGAAACUUGAACCAUCUGUGCCUCUAAGAGGCUGAGAAUGGGAGAGUUUCAGAUAAUAAAGAGUGAAGUUUGCCUGCAAGUAAAGAAUUGAGAGUGUGUGCAAAGCUUAUUUUCUUUUAUCUGGGCAAAAAUUAAAACACAUUCCUUGGAACAGAGCUAUUAACCGCCUGUUCCGUGGAGAAACUUCUUUUUGAGGGCUGUGGUGAAUGGAUGAACGUACAUAAUAAAACUGACAAAAUAUUUUAAAAAUAUAUAAAACACAAAAUUAAAAUAAAGUUGCUAGUCAGUCUUAGUGUUUUACAGUAUUUGGGAAAACAACUGUUACAGUUUCAUUGCUCUGAAUAACUGACAAAGCAGAAACUAUCCAGUUUUUGUAGUAAAGGCGUCACACGCAAACAAAUGAAAUGAAUGAAAGUCACAUGGUUUGCCUCAUUCUCCAAGAGCCACACAACUCAAGCUGAACUGUGAAAGUGGUUUAACACUGUAUCCUAGGCGAUCUUUUUCUUCCUCCUCCUGUUUAUUUUUUGUUGUUGUUUUAUUUAUAGUCUGAUUUAAAACAAUCAGAUUCAAGUUGGUUAAUUUUAGUUAUGUAACAACCUGACAUGAUGGAGGAAACCAACCUUUUAAGGGAUUGUGUCUAUGGUUUGAUUCACUUAGAAAUUUUAUUUUCUUAUAACUUAAGUGCAAUAAAAUGUGUUUUUUCAUGUUA